GUACGCGUGACGGCCAUGCAAAGCGCAACCGAAUUGGCGUUCCAUAAUAUUCGGACCAGAUCAAAAACAAAGUGAACAUGUCUGGGAGAUUAAUUAAUUAAUGACUCAUUUGAGCUGGCGAUGGGAAAAGUGACGAAAAAUAAAAUGGUUGUAAAACAUUGUCCAGAUUGUGAGAAACCGGUUCCAGUAGCAUGUAAAGAAUGUAGAUGUGGCCAUUCAUUCUUCACUAAGAAGCUUCUACAAUCACACCCUGGAGGUGGUGAUGUAGCAUCAGUAGCAGGGGAAACGGGAGCAGAAGAAGAUAGCAACGGAGUGAAAAGAAGGCGUACAGAGAGAGUAAGAAGAGAGAGACCAGACUAUUAUAGUGCCAGUGAAUUUGAAAAUCAUCUCAGAAGGAUAUCAACUUCAAAAUCGGGAGAAAAGGGGGACGACAAAUCAUCAAAGAAGAAGAAACAUAGAAGAGGUCGACCGAAAGGAUCACAAAAUAAGUCGGUUGAGGAGAUUGAGGAAGAACGAGAGCGCGAUUUAUAUUCCAACUUACCCACUGAUAAGGCCUUUGUGUAUGCUGUGGUGCUAGCUGAAAUCAAUGAAAAGAUACAGAUGCAAAGCCAAGGGUGGAAACCCAAAACUGAUCGACAUCAUAAGAAGAAAUCAAAGAAACCCUGAUCCGAAGCAUUGUGAGAACGCAACGGAUGAAAAACGUUCCUAUUAAUGUGUGCCAUUCAGAAGCAGGAUAAUUUGUAUCAUUGUAAGCUGGAUGUGAAGACGUGCAUUUCUUCCUCUGUGUAAAGGGGACUGCAGAGACGUUUGAGCCUGUACACCUUCAAGUGAACUCAACGCAUUUGACUUAACUGGACAGAUGAUACACUCUAUGUAUGUGAUGUUAUCACUGCUCAUGAUGGAUAGUGCUUUCAAUCACCAAUGGUGAUUAUUAACAUGUCAUGUGCGCAUUAUCACUACCUAUGACAUUCAACGCUCCUCAUCAAUAGAGUCCUGAGCCCAGAUGCUCCUCAAUGUAUAUUUUCCAUGGUUUUCACAUAUACAUGUAUGUUAUGUCACAAUUCAAAUAAUAACUUGCUCUGCAUUUUCAGGCAUUACAUGCAUUUAAAGGGAUAGCACGGGCUGAAAAUUUUUAUAUCUAAAUAAAUGGAGUAAAAUUCACAGAGCAAAAU